AUGGCAGAAGCGGUAUUUGCUCAUGUGCUACAGAAAAAUGAAUUAGAGGAUCGAUUUUAUCUAAAUAGCGCGGGAACACAAUGUUAUAAUCCUGGACAUCCGCCAAAUCCGCGAACGGUUGAGAUAUGCCGUAGGCAUGGCAUCCCAGUGAGUCACUAUUCCCGAAACGUUGCAGAAAGAGACUAUUAUGAAUUUGAUUAUAUGCUCUGCAUGGAUUCUAGCCAUUUAUUGGGUUUAAAUCAAUUAAAACCGGAAGGAUCAAAGGCCAAAAUCAUGCUAUUUGGAGAGUUUGAUCCACAAGGUGAUCGUAAUAUUGUUGACCCCUAUUUUGGCGACUUAGAUGAAUAUGAGAGAGUUUAUCAGCAAGUGUCAAGAUGCACUGAGGCUUUCUUGAAACACUUAAGUUCUGCAUAA